AUGAACAAAGUGUGCCACAACUCUUGAUCAGAGACCUGAAAUUUGAGAAGAAGUCAUUAGCUAAGCUCAUGUUUUCUCCUGAUCAAGAAAAUCAUCCAUCAAAAGCACCAGUAAAAUAUGGUGAAUUGAUUGUAUUAGGGUACAAUGGGUCUCUCCCAAAUGGAGAUAGAGGAAGAAGAAAAAGUAGGUUUGCUUUAUUUAAAAGGCCCAAGGCAAAUGGGGUGAAACCUAGCACUGUGCAUAUUGCCUGUACCCCUCAAGCAGCAAAGGCAAUAAGUAAUAAGGACCAACACAGCAUAUCUUACACUUUGUCUCGGGCCCAGACAGUAGUAGUUGAAUACACACAUGACAGCAACACAGAUAUGUUCCAGAUUGGUCGGUCAACGGAAAGCCCUAUAGACUUUGUAGUGACAGAUACAGUUCCUGGAAGUCAGAGUAACUCAGAUACGCAGUCUGUGCAGAGCACUAUAUCAAGGUUUGCCUGCAGAAUCAUCUGUGAACGUAACCCUCCUUAUACAGCAAGAAUAUAUGCUGCAGGAUUUGACUCCUCAAAAAACAUCUUUCUUGGGGAGAAGGCUGCGAAGUGGAAGACAUCAGAUGGGCAAAUGGAUGGACUAACCACAAAUGGAGUUCUUGUUAUGCAUCCUCGUAAUGGAUUUACAGAAGACUCCAAGCCAGGGGUGUGGAGAGAGAUAUCUGUGUGUGGGAAUGUGUUCAGCCUCCGUGAAACCAGAUCAGCUCAGCAGAGGGGAAAAAUGGUUGAGAAUGAAACAAACCAACUCCAGGAUGGCUCUCUGAUUGACCUGUGUGGAGCAACACUGCUGUGGCGCACUGCGGAAGGGCUUUCACGCACUCCUACUGUCAAGCACCUGGAGGCCCUAAGACAGGAAAUAAAUGCAGCCAGGCCCCAGUGUCCCGUGGGGUUUAACACCUUGGCGUUUCCCAGCAUGAAGAGAAAAGAUGUUGUAGAUGAAAAGCAGCCAUGGGUGUACCUGAACUGUGGCCACGUCCACGGCUACCACAACUGGGGAAACAAGGAGGAGAGAGACGGCAAGGAUCGCGAGUGUCCCAUGUGCCGCUCUGUGGGCCCGUACGUGCCUCUGUGGCUUGGAUGUGAGGCGGGAUUUUAUGUGGAUGCAGGACCUCCAACUCAUGCGUUCAGCCCGUGUGGACACGUGUGCUCAGAAAAGACAACUGCAUAUUGGUCCCAAAUUCCUCUUCCUCACGGUACUCACACUUUUCACGCAGCCUGUCCGUUCUGUGCGCAUCAGCUGGCUGGUGAGCAAGGCUACAUCAGACUCAUUUUCCAAGGACCUCUUGACUAACACAUGUGUUUCCAAGGACUGCAGUAAAUUGAUAAGCUAAGAGAUCCUGAUUUUUUUAAACCAACUGUUUUUCAUAUUCUCUGGGCUUUGCUGGUUUGCAUUAAGAUGAAGAAUUUGGGGGUUGUUUUUUUUGUUACAGUGGCUAAAUCCCUCUCUAUUGAUAAAAGUCUGGAAAUGGAAGAAAUGGGGGAGAGAAGAGGGAGAACUCCUGCUUUUUUUGGUUAAUAUCUACUUCUGAAAAGGUCAAAGAAGUGUUAUAGAGUGAACUUCGAUGCCUUCCGUUUAAUGGUUUUGAAUCACAUGCCCACAGUAUUUGGAAGUUGUUUCAUUCUUUUUGUAUAUGGAGGGUAAAUAGUUCCAAGAACAUUAGUUUACAGCUUGGAUGCAAACAUUGUAAAAUAGAACGUGUAUAUUAACUCUUUUCUAUUUAUCUUUAUUAUUGAAAACAUGUAGAAUGUUUAGAGAGUAGCAUGGUCAUAGUGUGUUACAUCCGGCAAUUGGAUGUGUAGAGUAGCUCUGGGUGGAGAAGAACAUGAGAUGGAAAUGGUAGAAAAAUCUUUUAAUCUAAAAUACUGAGUUCUUAGAAUAGUUAAAAUGCUUUUAAAACAAAGCUAAUGCAAAUGAUGAUGGCAUAAAGGUGUGCUUUAACCUUGUUGAAAGGUAGCUAAGGAGGACUUCUUGAAAUGUCUUU